AUGUCCCUCCGCUUCAUCCCCCAAAGCGGCAACGCAACCCAAACCACCAACCUCACAACCCGCCAACAAGGCCCCCCCUCAAAGGGCGCCCCCUCAGCCCCCGGCCUACCCGAUACGCUCCGCAACAAGCUCACUUUGCCCGCCAGCGCAACCGCCUCGUCGACAAACAUCGGCAGCGAUGUCCCGUCAUCGACACACCCGCUCGAAGCCCGCCUGAUGUCGUGGCGCGCGACGCAGGAAUCGAUGAAGAUGGAGGGUUUGCGUCGGGCGUAUGGGAUUGCGGAGCCGGUGCGUCGUGGUAUGGAGCUGAAGAUUGUGCGGGAUGGAACUUUCAGACCGGCUGUGCUGGGUGGUGUGCGCGGUGGGAAUGUUCAUGAGGAUAUUCUUUGUAUUGGGGGGAGGGAUACGGAGGUUCAGUGGGAGGAUAUUUAUCAUGGUGAUGAUCUUCGUGAGCCGCCUUCUUUCCAUGAUGAGAUGGAGAAGAGGCUCAAGAUGGAUUUCUGA